GCCGGCCCGGGGACGGCGUUUCCGCAGCACCGGGGGCUGGGGCUGGCAGGCUGUGGGGCUGACUGCGCGGCGCUCGGCUGAAGCGGCUCGGUUGCGGCCUGCUGGACCAUGCUGAGCGGAGCGUGCGGCUGGCUCGCCUCAGCGCUGCGGGGUCCACGCGUGCCGCCGUUCACGGUCGCCCGUAGGUGCCUUCACGCGUCGGGGUCACAGCGGUCCGCGGACAAGAGCGAGAGGCCCGGAGACCCGCCCCGCGCCUUCGACCCGGCGCUGCUCGAGUUCCUGGUGUGCCCCCUCUCCAAGAAGACGCUCAGGUGCGAUUCGCCGUCUCCGACUUUGCGUUCGCCCCCUCCCGUGGCGGGGGGCGGGGGGGGCGGUGGACCGCGCGGCCGUUCACAGCCGCUGGGGAGCCCUUCAGGUCAAUCCGGGUAUUUUCCGCUGCCAUUUCUGGCUCCGGCCCCGGCCCACUACGACGCACCUCCGACUGCGGCGGGAAGGGCGGGAGGCGACCGGAGGGGAGCCGAGCCCCCGGGCCUCCCAAAUCAAGCCGCCCACCCGCAAGGAUGGGUCGGAGCGUUUACAGGUUCGCCACUGCUGCGCAAUUGUAUCGCCGGGGACUUUUUUUCUUUUUUGAAUGCCGAUUCCCGGGCACCACCCCAGGCGGACCCAGUCAGCCGGUCUGGGGGCGGGACUAGAGCAAGAGUGUUUCUUAAAAGGACCCUCAGUGGUGCCAAUGUACCGCCAGGUUUAUGAACUGUGGGAGUCGGGACUGGUCCAAGGCAUCAGAUUUUUAGGCCAAGAUGAUGAAAAAUAACUAUUCUUGUGAACCUGUACAGCUGAUGCCUGACGAUCUUAAACGUUUUACGCUAUGUUGUGCUGCCCCUUUUGGCUCUUAGUUCUGGACUAGCUGGGUUUUGUAACGGCUUCAUGACCAAGAGUCGGGAAAAACAGCUCUGGGAGGGAAGAUAAAACAAGAG